UGGCGGCAGAAGCUGGGAAACUUCUGCGGCUUCGUGCGGUACGCAGGAACCGAGGCUCCGGGCCGGCGCCCGCUCGGGGCUGGGACAGGUGGCUUCGCGCCCACGAUGGGCUGCUCCAGCAGCGCCCUCGGCAAGGCCGGAGACAACAGCAGGUUCCGCAGCGCAACUUCAAACGAUUGUUUUUCUACUACAGAAGAAAGCGAGUCCUGCGUCGCCCAACCCAAACCAUGCACAGCGGGCAGAGACUCUGCUUUCUACGGCCACUCGCAGAGAGGGGGCCUCCCCCCAUCAGAGAAGCCCAAGGCCUCAGUGAUGCCCACGGCUAACGGGCUGGCGAAGGGUGUAGCACCCACAAAGGCUGCUGGAGACCAGUCAGGACCCACGGAGAAGAGCCUGCCUCCAGGCGGACGGGAGGGAGCUGAGCCACGUCAGCCAGGAGGCAAAGGGGACACCUCAGGGACAGAAGAAAUUAAGAAAGACGUGGAAACAGCGCUGGAGGUUCAGUCUUUAAAAGGAAAUGCUGACAUGGAACCUUCAGGGACAGCAGCCCCUGGCCAGCCUUUGAGGACGGCAGGAGCGGGGGGAGCAGGGGAAAGGACGGAGCAUCCUCAAGCACAAACUGUGGGGCUGAUGAAACCUCUGGGGACAGCUGGCGAACUACAGUCUCAGGCGGCGAUGGGAGAAGACGAACAAUGCCAGCUUCCAGAAACAACUCCCAAGGAGAACAGAUCUCCAGAAAUAUCGGAAGGAAAUCAGUUGGUGGAGACAGUUGAAGAGCAGCAGCUUCAGGAAGCAGUGGGGAAAGAUGAGCAGGCGCAGUCCCAACUUGAGACAAUUCCCAAAGAGAAUGAAGGGCCAGAAAUACUGGAAGGAAGUCAGUUUGUGGAAACUGUUGAAGAGCUCAAGCUUCAAGAAACAUUAGAAAAAGAUGCACAGCUUCAGCCUCUAGAGAUAAUUCCCAAAGAGGAUGGAACAUCAGAAAUACAGGACAAAAGUCAGCCUGUGCCAACUCCAGUAAUGGAUGAUCCAAUCCACGCAACUCCUCAAGGCCCGGGAAUCCCGGAGCUGGUUCAACCUGAAGGAAUAGUUGGAGGCAGGGAGCAUCCGGUGGGAAUCACAGAGCCAGCAGAGAAUAUGGAAGUGGACAGGAAAAGUCACACUAGUGAAGAGGAGCAAUGCACUGAAGGUGAGACAGGAGAAAAUGUGGAAAGAGAGACGGAGAACGAGAAAGUAAAUGAAGCUGAAACAAAAGAAGAAGAAACAGGAGAAGCUGUGGAUCUUUCAGCAGCCACAUAGAUAGGGAUGGUGACGGGCAAACAGACACAGCUUGCUGUGAGAGAGAAGAGAGAAAAAUGCUGAGAAAGAAGAGAGAGAAAAUCCCCUUUGUUGUGGAUCUUAUCUGUCUACAGCUACGUGUUUUAUACAGGGAGUGUGGUAAUUGACUGUUGGAACCAUGUUCUUGAUUGUAUUUUGCCUUUUUUUUUUCGUACUGGGGAUUGAACUCGGGACCGUGAGAUUGCGAGGCAGGUGCCGGAACCACUGAGCUAAAUCCCCAGCCCUUGAUUGUAUUUUUUUAUAAACCUGCUAAGCUAGAAAGUUUUCUUAGCUACCUAGGAUAAUUAUAUAUUUAAAAUUACCAUAGCCAGAGCCAAUGAAAACUAGGGAAUAUGAUCAUUUAUGAAUGUGAGGGUGACUUUGGUCAUUGUAGCAGUGGGUCCUUUCGGAAUAAAAAAUUAGACACUGAAAAGAAAGCAUAAAACCUAUAUGCACAGGUGGCUGGAGAAAGGAGUUAGCACAUUUUAAAGAAGUCAUCAUAAUAGUUAGUAUUAUUACAAUGGAACAAGAAUGAAGGCCAGGGAUGUAGCUCAGUGGUUCCGCUGCCUACCUCGCAAGCACAAGGUCCUGAGUUCCAUCCCUGGUACCAAAAACAAAAAACAAAAAAAAUGAAUAAUAUCAAAAACCAUGAGAUGAAUUUCUGUUCUAUCAGGAAUUAGAGCUGGUAGGAACCUUGGGAAGUCUGUCAUCUAAUCACCUUAAGUCUACCUGCUGCCACAGACCCUGUGCAUCAUGACAUAUUAAAUAUGUUGAUGAAACUCCUUCCAAAGGAAUGCAGACUCUGGUGCUGUUGCAAGACUAAGCAUUUCUUGAAAUGGAAGGCUUCACCUUUCCCAUGUGCCAUUUUGAAUCAGCUGUUCAUGUACUCUUCUGUGCGAUUCAGCUGGUGUUAUCCUUUUUACUGUCAUGAAAGGCAUUUUGAACUAAUUGACUUCAAUGUAUUUCAGAGGCAACAAACAGCAAAAAUUAAGUCCUAGAUUUAUUGCCUAUGUGGAGUCCUCCUGGGCCCUAUUCAUUUUUUAAAUGACAACUAUUUAAUAUUAGGUUUUAGAGGUGGAAAGGAGGGAAGACAUCAAGAUUUUAAAAGCAGCUGGGGAUUUAGCUCAGUGGUUUUGCUGCCUGCUGCACAAGUGCAAGGACCUGAGUUUGAUCCCCAGUACCAAAAAAAAAAAAAAAAAAAGAUUUUAAAAGCAUUUGUAAUAUUUCAUUCAUUCAUGUUAAAAUAAUGUACCACAGAAAGUCAUUUUUCAAGAAUUCUUCCAAAAUUGGCAAGGGGUUUCAGUAAAUGACUACAAAUAAAUAAUAAUAUCAUAGUUAA